AGUUCAACAAGCAAGCAACCCUUUCCUCCCCGCCCCUGUCUGCUGUGUAAUUCAUCAUACCUUGAUAAGGUGCUGCUGUAGUUGUGGUUGAAGAAAAAAGCAGUUCAAGUGAACGUGUUUGACCAUCGGUGCUGUAUCAACAACUCUUCAACACAUCCCUUGCUGACGGUCUGUCCCUCUGAGCUUCUUCUCUGCAAUCUUUGUCGUUCAAUGGAGGAUGAAGAAGGCUACACCACCCUGUACCUCCGGUCUAAGAGGGAUACUUCUAGACGGGCCACUCCAGCUAGGAAGCAAGGUGCUGCCCUGUGUCCUCGUUGGUACCAGAUCACCUUAUGUGCCACAUGCUUUGUGAUUGUUCUCCUGGUGGCAGCUAUCAUAGCUUUAGUUUUGCAGAUGGAGGCUGAGAAAAGGAGAAUUGGAGCUGAAGUUGGCACGUGCCCUGUGAAAUGCCACUCUCUUCUAAGAAGCAAACUCUGCCAUCAAAGCCAGGGCAGCUCCUCAGGGAAUUCUACUUGUAAACUCUGCCCUACACACUGGCAUCUCUAUGGGGACCAGUGCUACUGGUCAUCAACGGAUGUUAAAUCCUGGAAUGAAAGCAAAGAUGAUUGUGCAGUAAGGAAUUCUCACCUGCUGGUGAUCCGAAGGAAGGAAGAGAUGGAGUUCUUAAAGCAGAUUAUAGUAGCUACACGUACCUACUGGGCCGGACUCUUUGUGUCAUUCCAAGAGAAGAGAUGGGUGUGGAUGACAGAAUCUCAGUUUGACCAGACUCUGUUCCAAGAACCAAACCAGUCUGGAGAAGAGUACUGUGGAGCAAUAAAGAACAACAGGAUUAUAUCCGAUGUUUGCAGUGCAGUAUUUAGGUGGGUUUGCCAGAAAGACCCCAUCUUGAUAUAACAUCUCAAACUGCUGCACAAUAUAAUUAUGGUAUCUGUUUUCAUCGUUUGCUAGAAACAAAAUAAAAACAUCUGACUACAA